AUGAACGCUGCAACUGGCCAGUCUUUGAUUUUUUGGUUCGAUCUCUUUGUCCUCACUUUCGGUCUGUUCUAUGCGGACAUCAUCUCAGACAUCUACCAACUCGUCUUCUUCGCAUCAAACGGGCUCUACGAGUACUUCUUCCUCAACUUUGCAGGGAUGCUCCUGCCUCCAAUCUUCACCUACAUGGAGCUCAUUCGCUUCAAGAAGCGUCACUCCCCAGAGCAGGAUUAUCUGCAGAAGCUUCUGACCCCGCAGCUCCUGCUUCCCCUUCUGUUCCUCGCCAUGGCUUCGCAGACCCUCAUGCUCUUCUUGACGUUGGUCUCCGCUUGCCUGAGGAAACACCCCCUGCUCGCGGGAGCAAAGACGGCAGAGGUCGCAGAAUCGGCCAUCUCCGCCCUGGUCCAGACCAACUUCCUUAUUUCUGCCUGGGGUGGCGUUGAAGAAGUCGCAGCCCUGGAGAUGCAUAUCAACCUGGGGAGCGGCAUUCCCUUCUCGGUUGUGGUCUCGUGCCUGAGCCUGGGGUUUGGUUUUGCAUCUCGGGACAAAACCGACUCCAAGGUGCUCGACCUCCCAGGCAAGCUAGGCUUUGGGGCGACUUUUAUUCUCCUAGUUCUGGCCCGGUUCCUAGAGACCCUUAGCCGUGUCCUCGCUUACAACAUAUUCCACAUCUCCGUUCGGGGCUGGCUGCAGUAUGGCAGCUUCGUUGCCAUCGGGCUUGCCUUGGUUGCAGCCAAAAUCAGCUUCUGGGAUGCUGCUCGUGCGGCCGAUGUUGCUGCUGCUUGGCAGCAGGGUUGUUUGGACCAAGUGGAGUCAAGUCGCGUUGCGCUCCGUCUCCUUGUGAAUGAGGCGGCGGUGGUCGGACACCCUGGCCAGGUUCUGGAGCCGAACUCGUUAUUGCGCUCUUUGGUGAUUCACGUGCUGCUGGUUGCUGCCGCCGGUGGUGCCCAACUCGUGCUGCGAGCGGGCGGGGCUCCAUCAGAUUCCAAGGUCUUGCCGGAUGAGCUGCUGCUCACAUGGCUUGCGUCGAGCUUGGCCUCCCAUUUCCUGAGGCAAUGUGAGAGAGGCACAUUCUAUCCGACCGUAUCACAUUGUCACAUGCGUGGCGGAGCUGAGGUGAUCAGCGCUCUCAGCUGGAUGGCGCUCUGCCUCUUCAGUCGCUUUGAAGAAGUGUCGAUAAAGAUGUACAAGUACUGUGCAGCACCAUGCUUGAGGUUUGCGCGGCCGAUAUUUGGACAAUCCUGUCUUCGCACCUCUGGAAUCAGGCAAUCUGACAGUCGUAGACUGGGCAGCAAUGCUCGCAUCCUCGGGCUUUGCGCUCUCUUUGUGGUGCUGCUAGGUGACCGGAUCAUCACCUACUCGGCCUUGCUGGCCGCCUUUCGAAACUCAGAAGAUCAGGCUCAGGUGCCGAAGGCGGUCCUCUCGGCCUUACAGGGGGGAAAGCGCACUUAUAUCGUCAGCCUGAAGACCGAAGAGGCGGCGACCCGGACACGGAAAGCCUUCCAGUGA